GAGAGAGAGAGAGAGAGAAAGGGAGGGAGAGAGGGAGGAAAAUAAGAGCCAUCAGUCUCAUCUAUCUGACUCUCAUACUACUGGAUAUUAUUAUUUUUUGGGGGGGGAUCUCUUUAUUUCUUUCAUCUUAUAUUUUUUCGCUCAUAUUUAAUCACAAGUUAUUUUUUUCUAUCUUGGAGACUCUUCGCUUCGACUCUACGGUUUCUAAUCCUCCUUCUCUACUCACUGCAUGGAACUAUACAGCCAUUCGCGUUUGAAUCUGCUUUUAUUUUAUUUUUGCUUUCCCCCCUCUGGACUAACAUUCUAGCGGCCGACCGACGGACCGGACCCGGGCGUGAGUUUGUGACCGUCUUUUUACACAAACUCAAAGGGGACUUUACUCGCUGCGAGCUCCAGGAUCCAAUGUGUCUUCCUGAGUGUGCGUUCAUUAGUGCAGAGCUGAGUUAAUUUAAAGAGGUGACAGCAGUAACUCGUGAAGGCUCAACCAGUCUGAGAGGAUGAAUUAGACUCGGUGAACAUGGUGCCAUUUUGGAGAUAAGUCCCCCCUUCUUAUAUUUUGUACACAUUUUUCUUCAUGGGACGGGCGGAAAAGCAGGAUAUCAGGUGGAGAUCUUGAACGCGUUACCUGCCCGCGCAUCUUUGGACGACGCGCCUGUCAAUUAGCGUCACUAAUUGGAUUAAUUGAUCUUGAACUUACAGUCUGCAGGUUGCUCUUCCUCCCCCCCCCCCUCCCCCCUCACCUCCCACCUCCUCCUCCUCCCUUGAAGUUAUGUCAAGGCCUCUCACUCAGCUCUUACCGCCGGAUCUCCCUGCCGGGGCCACCAGCCCCCAGUUUGGGGCCAGCAACCCGGCUGGAAGCGGCACCCAAGGUGGACACCUGACCUCCAUGACCAACCUGAAGUCCCUGCUCCAGCUGCCAAUCAAGGCCGACCAGAGAGGCACCAAGGACUGCUGCGAGAUGAAAGACAAAGACAAGCCCACAGAAUCUGACGAGGAAUCACAGGGUGUUAUUGCUGGAGGGCCCAGUGCGGCCAGCGGGGCCCCUGGGGCCCCUGGAGCCCCUGGAGCCCCUGGGGCCCCCGGAGCCCCUGGAGCCCCUGGGUCUGGCCCGCUGCGGCCCAACUCCCAGUCAGCGUUCCUGGGACCGCUGCUGUGGGAGAGGACCCUGCCGUGUGACGGAGGCCUGUUCCAGCUGCAGUACAUGGACCUGGAAGAAUUCCUGACCGAGAACGGGAUGGGGAUGCACAACAACGGGCCCAGCUCCACCAGGGCCCAGAUCCCCUCCCAGAGCUCCCAGUCGGCGGUGCCGAACCAGAGCUCCCAGUGCCCUCCUUCCUCUCCUCCGCCUUGCUCCUCCUCUUCCUCCUCCAUGUCCUCUUCAUCUUCCUCUUCCUCGCUGCUGGGACUGGAGACCGUCCAGCCACAACCGCCGCCGCCACCGCCACUGCCACCUCAGCAGCAGCCAGGCAUGAUGGGAGGACCUGAGUGUCCACAUGGUGGUCGGACGGUGCCUCAAGACGCGUCACCCACUUCUACUACUUGCCCUCCGGGACCCUCUGGUCCUCCGGCGGCCACCAAUGGCAGCAGCGACGUCAUGGUGAACUUUGACCCCGACCCGGCGGACCUGGCGCUGUCUAGUGUGCCGGGCCAGGAGGCGUUCGACCCGCGGCGGCACCGCUUCUCCGAUGAGGAGCUGAAACCUCAGCCGAUGAUCAAGAAGGCCCGCAAAAUGCUGGUGCCGAAUGAACAGAAGCUGCUAACAAACAACUGCAGCUAUAACAUGGACGACAAGUAUUGGAGCCGGCGCGUCAAGAACAAUGAGGCUGCGAAGCGCUCGCGGGACGCCCGGCGGCUGAAGGAGAACCAGAUCUCUGUGCGCGCCGCCUUUCUGGAGCGGGAGAACGGCGCACUUCGCCAGGAGGUGGCCGACAUGAGGAAAGAGUUGGGCCGCUGCAGGAACAUCAUCAACAAGUACGAGAGUCGACACGGAGACUUGUGAGGCGGAGGAGGAGGAGGAGGAAGAAGAAGACGACAAAGGAGGAAGGGGCGGGAGGGGAGGAGGAAAUGAGAAAAGGGUACAAGGCAAACCCAACAACAGCAGCACUUUAGUUGAAGUGGCGAGGGGGACGGCCGACGUAGAUCUGCUGUAAGGGCUGUGUGACACUGGGCGCAAACACGAAAAGUGUGCGCACGCUGUGCUUCAGGAUGUCUCGACAGGAAAGCACAGUGACGCCAUCUUUUCCAGUUUGACUCCUUUUGUACAUGCUGCUUCGCUGAAUUCCACUCAACAUACUGUGUCACCGCGUGUCACCUCGGCAGCUUACACCCUUGGUGCUGUGCUUACGCCCGGUGUCACACAGCAUUUUUGCAAGUAGUGCGUCCCGGCUGAUGCUCCGGCCAGUUCAAACAGGGUGUUGAAUUCACAUUAUGCCAGUGAAAUCUCACGUUUUAAGCUCAAGGCACGGAUACAAGCCAGGAGAGGUCAGAUGUGUAAUUUUUUUCUAUAAAUAGGACAAAAAAAAAACAUGUAUAUUUUUGAAGUGGGCAGGAAAGCAAGACUAGUCCAGCAAAGAGGAGGAGGUGCAGGGUUUUCAUCCAUAACGCAAAGAGAUUUUGACAUAGGAUUAUUGUAUAUUUUUCUAUUAGCAGAGAUAGUCAGGAGGAGGAUUUUGGAGAUAAUCUUUUGUAUAUUUUAUAUAUGGGGCGGGGAGGGGCUUAGCUGGACAGUCACGGGGCCACACAAAACGCUUUUCCUCCCAGCUGUUUAUCACUAAACAACAGAUAAUCUAUUUUCGAUUUCACUGAGCUGGUUAGGCGGAGCGGAGGCGUAACAGAGAAUGUAUCACGGUUGAAUCAGGUAUUUCACACGGUGCGAGACGAGGCGGGGUAUCUUAGUAACGAUUGUUUUAGGCGUGGGCAGGUUGGCGAUGGCAGGAAGACGGUGAAACAAAAAUUGUAUAGUUUUAAGACAUUUUUGUGUUCGUUUGUUUUCUUUGUGGGCUCGUUCAAGCACUUGAUUUGUUAUCUUCUCUUUGAUUCCGUGUCUGAUUUUUAAAUAAUCGUAGGGCUUUUAUUUUUGAAGGAGAAGGAGAAAAAGAGAGAGGAAAACAGGAAGUAAUUAGCCAUCCGAACAGCUGGAUGUGAGCAGAUGUUGUGAAAAUAAAUAAGGCGGAGAAUUUUGCUGGGAGGUUUGCCUUUAGUUUGGUGAACGUGUCUCGCUCACACACACACUCUCACAGUGACUGAAACAAUUACACUUUACGGUUGCAGUCUUUCUCUCUCUGUUUACUCCUCGAUUUGUCCAGAAAGUGCAAAAAUGAAAUACUAACUGGUUUAGGGUUGAUUUGCCCAGAUUGAACAGUGACUGAAACCUUCAGCAUGCAGACACACAACAAACACACGGACACACACAGUCCUUACCCAGGUUUGAACCCUUGUUGUUGUUGUUGUUGUUGUUGUUGAUGUUGAUGUUGAUGUUGUUAUGGACUUCUAUGGUGCUGAUCUGAUCUGAUCCUUCACCUGACACACACACACACACACACACACACACACACACAGACACACACACACACAUAAUUACACACAUGCAAACACUUCCACCAUUUCAAACACAGUACUGAACUGCCUAUACCCUUUCUUUGUCUUUUAUUCCUUCAUUUUAGUUAAUUUCUUUCUUGCUUUUGUUGCAUAUUGUAUCGAUAAAUCGUAUAUAGAUUUACACACAAACACUUGUCUAUACCUCUCCUUCAAACUUUACCCAAUGAGAAACGAGAAAUGCACCCUACUGCUACUGUACCAUACAACUGUACUAUUGAAUAUUAAACUAUUCUCUCACUAGAUAUAUAUAUGUAUAUGAUAUAUGCUUGAAUUAUGUGAUUAUAGUUGUAAUAUACAUAAUUGAAUAUAUUACAGAAAAUCCCAAUGGAAUCAUUUUGUCAGUUUUACUCAGGUGUUUUUGUCUGAGGUAUUAAAUACACAUAUUAAAAAAACACAAAAAAAGUCUUUGAUUGGAUUACAGAGUUUGUGGUUUGGUUUGUUUUGUUUUUUUGAGGGGAGGUUUAAACAUAUAUUUACCCUAGUUUAUUACUAACUCACUGUGGGACAGAAAACGUUCUGCUCAGACUGGACGUUUGUUAAGCCCCGCCCCCUGUUGCUAUGGCGUCAAGCCUUCCAUUCUAGAACGUCACCUAAACAUUUCACUAUGACAACAGUGGCAGAUUAGCGUUAGCUAACUAACAAUUCUGUAAUCUCUCCGAAAUCACUCGUUUACAGAAUCGUAUCAUAUAUUAGUCGUUAUCACAGGAGCACAAAUUAAUUAUUUCGUUAUUGCUCAAUAACAAAGUGUGUUUUCUCGUGAUAACGGGUUAAUUUAUGUUGUUUCUCGAGAAAACAAGAGCUACUUCUAAUUUAUAGUUGAUUUUACCUGCCAAAAUGACUACUGUCGCUUGCUAAUUAUAUUAGCUGUGGCUAGCUAGCUAGCUAACAUUAAGUCAGUGCAAACUCUGAUAAUAUUUCCGACUGAGUUGUAUGACAUUUGCAAAAGGGUCUUAAAUAUGCAUUUGAUGGCUACAUACAUUAUCUCAUGCAAAUGUAGGGGGGCCAGAUGAGCAGUGAAAUUCAGGACAGGGGAAUUUGGGGUGGGCGUGGUCACGUGGAUCCAAACUCUGAGUAGAGUAUCACUCUUACGCCAUUGCCCACCUCUUUAGUAUGCUGAGAAAUCUCUAAGUCUCUAAGCUAUGAUUGAACAGUCGCUGUUCGGGGGAUGGGUUUAAUGAAGGGUUAAUCUAAAGCUGUUGUGUCUUCAAUCUAGAAAUGGCGACAAAACCUUAUUUAAAAAAAAAAAACAGCCAUCUUUUCUAGUAUUAUAAUUACUGUUGUUGUUGAUAUAAAUGUAUUUU